AUCGAAGUUCGAAUGCAAAAUGGCGGAAGCAUCACCAGAAGGAGAAGUCGAUCGGAGCUUGGAGACGAACAUUUUCGACUGCAGCAUCUGUCUACAGAUCUUCACCAGGCCCAAGGUGCUGCCAUGCGGCCACACCUUCUGUAAGAACUGUCUGGUAACGUACGUUAAUGGCGACUGGUCCUUCAAGUGUCCGACGUGUAUGACAUCUGUGUACUUGGCCAAGAAAGGCGUAGAGGGAGUUGAACGUUUAACAGACAACAUCUCCUUGGGAAAUCUUCGAGAUGACUUUGCAAGUCUCACAAUUAUCAACAAACAGCGCAGCAAAGUUGAGGGUUCCAUACAACAGAGUAACCAGCAAGUUUGUGCAAGGCAUAACGACAUGGAAGUCAAGUACUAUUGCCCUAGCUGUGAGGAAGUUAUCUGUGGAGAGUGUAUAGUUGAUGAACAUAACACGCACGGAGUCACCAGGCUUGUCAAAGCUUUGGAGAAGCAAGCUGAACAAGCCAGAGAAGUCAUGGACGAGGGAAGGAGCUGGAUUGAUAAAGUGAGAGGAAAAAUCACAGAAACAGAAGAAGCAAUGAUGAUGUUGAAGUUGGAUGAGGAUGUACAGAGCGAUUCAGUGGACGAAAGGGCGGCCAGGCUGAAAGAGGUGCUAACACAAGCUGUGGAUAAACGUGCAAGCGACUUAAAGAAAGAGUUGAGCGCCUUGUUUGAGCUGAAGCGAUUCGCUCUCACAAACCGUAAGGAAGAACUAGAGACAGCGCUAGCAACCUUACUGAACUGCGUGGAAGAAAUUGAGCGUUGCAUCGCCUCGGAAGAAACCAUUGCUUUGAUCAGGGGGAGGAAGGUGUUACAGGAAGUGAUCCAGCCAUUGCCAGAAAAAACACUGUUGAUGGACGAACAGGACAGUUUGCUGGUUUUCACGCCUAGCCCUUUUGAUAUGCCAAUAAUCUCGCUUGGAACUGUCCGCAGGACCAAGAACGCUUGCGCCAGUCCUUCGAAGAUGGGUGUAUUUUCUUUUGGGAAAAUCCAUAGCACAAUAACGUUUAGUGCCAGUCCCAUCAACCUGCCUACACGGUCCCUUACAACAGACCAAAAUGCCACAAACUCUAGCGCAAGUACCAGUUGUUUCAACCUGCCUACGCCAACCCUGACAACAGUCCAAAGUGCCCCAAAUUCUAGCACAAGUACCAGUCCUCUCAAUGUGCCUUCAUGCUCACUUGCAACAGUCCAACAAUCCCCAAAUGCCAGCACAAGUAACGUUACCAGUCCUAUCAACCUGCCUACGCGGUCCCUUACAACAGACCAAAAUGCCCCAAACUCUAGCACAACUACCAGUUCUCCGAAUGUGCCUUCAUUGUGCUUUACAACUGUCCAAAAUACUCCAAACUCUAGUACUUGCAGUGCUAGUACCAGCACCAGUCCUAUCAAUGUGCCUGCAUGGUCACUUAGAAUGGUUGAAAGUGACAUUUGGACCCGUGGUACACCCAAGUUUUCGUCAAAAACAGUACAGAGAGUAAGGAAGCCCGUUGUGCGAAAGUCUUCAGAGACAACCCAUGCAGUGGAUGCAUUCGUUAAAAGCCUGCAACAAAGAAGUGAGGAACAGCAUCUACUGGAUCCCACAUUCCCUAAAAUGUGUCCUGAAAGGCCCAGGGUAACCUCGGUUGGAGCAGAGUGUGCCGGGAAUGACGUCAGCCAAGCCAGACCCACCAACUCAGGGACAGGUAGUCAUCAGGACAUAGUACAGGUGCUGUUAAGGGAACCACAGUCUUCCACUGGGGUAAAAUGGCAGCCCUCGUCGAAUCCAAACCACUCUUCAGCUGCAGGGACCAACACACUGCCACAGUCAGCACCAAUGGAAAGAACAGGACAGCAACAGCUACCCAUCUUCAAGGCACAGCAGGAACUGUCUGCACUGUUGCAGCAACAAGGACCACGUCGUUACCUACACGUUAAGAGAAAUACCAAGAAGGUCAACAAGGUCAAGGACACUGUUGCAAAGAACUUCAAGUUCGAGAUUCCUCAUAGAGAUGACGCAAGUGGAGGCGGUAACAUCGACCCUUCCAGCUCAGAAAGUACUGUUGUGGACAACCCCCAGACCAACUCUAUGCCUACCGAUGCUGAGGGUUCAGUCAAGGACACAAGCACCAGUGCAGAAGAGUCUACUCCACAGGGUGCCGCGGCCCUUUCUGAUGGUACCAAUGCCAAGAGCAGUGAUUUGGAUGUCUAGCCUUCCUUCAUGCCUUGUUUGCCAUGGCCUGAGUUGCCUGGCUCUUUAUCAUUAGACAACACCACGCAUUUCUUGAGUACGCCAGUUUAAACUGCACAUAAGUACUGUGAUACCUUGUUUGCAAUAUGUCAUAGGUGAGGGCCCCUGAGACAAAACUCGUCUGGACAUUUAUCAAGCAUGGUAUGAACAAGGAGGUUAAAAAAAAGGGUUAACUUCCUUGGUCUGGACAAGAACUGUUGGCAAUGGCCUCAGUUGCCUGGCUCCUCACAAGACUACACCAUGCAUUUCCAGAAUACACAAGUGUGAACUGUGAAACAUUGUACGUAAUAUGUCAAAGGUGAGGGCCCCUUGUAUC